AUGACGCGUCCGGCACACUUUCCGUUUCUUUUCGGCCGCCAAGAAAGUGUGGUUGCUAGCGAUGGUGCUGCUGUUGUUAGUGCAGCCCAUAACACGCCUAAAGCCGGCGCAGGCGGACCCAAGUCACCAACUCCAUCACCAACAUCAACAGGCGCAGGUGCAUCAUCCCAAGUUCUGGCCAGCAGUGCGCAAACACCCAUCACUCACAACACCACACAAUCGACUUCCUUGCAAGAACAGCCUCUUGAAGUUGCUCUGCGUCGUUCUGCCACAUUCAGUCUUGAGUCUGCACCUCCUAUUCUUCUCGACAACAAUCCUCUACCACUGUCAUUUGCCCCAACCAUGGCCGCACCGCCGGGGGGUUAUUCAAUUAACGUCAACGAUCCGAGUCUGAUCGCUCUCGUCAACAAGCUACAAGAUGUGUUCACGACAGUGGGAGUACAAAAUCCCAUAGAUCUUCCACAGAUUGUUGUGGUCGGAUCGCAGUCAAGUGGAAAGAGUUCCGUGCUAGAAAACAUUGUCGGGAGAGACUUUCUACCUCGAGGCUCCGGAAUUGUGACGCGAAGACCCCUCGUCCUUCAACUGAUCAACAGACCUCCUCCUGCAAAAAUGCAAUCGAAUGGCGUCUCAGAAGAAGAACUAAAAAAGACCAGCGACAGCCAGGCCAAUGUUGAUGAGUGGGGAGAAUUCCUCCACUUGCCAGGACAAAAAUUCUUUGACUUCAAUAAGAUCCGUGACGAAAUCGUGAAGGAAACAGAGGCGAAAGCGGGACGAAAUGUUGGCAUCUCGCCCGCGCCCAUCAACUUGCGCAUCUACUCACCCAAUGUCCUCACUUUGACACUGGUUGAUCUGCCAGGCUUGACAAAAGUGCCUGUUGGUGAUCAGCCGCGCGAUAUUGAAAGACAGAUCAAAGAGAUGGUCCUCAAGCAAAUAUCGAAGCCCAAUGCCAUCAUUCUCGCUGUCACCGCUGCAAAUGUAGAUCUAGCCAAUUCGGACGGUCUGAAGCUUGCCCGAGAAGUCGAUCCGGAGGGUCAGAGAACCAUUGGUGUGCUAACCAAGAUUGACUUGAUGGACUCUGGAACCGAUGUUGUCGAUAUUCUAGCCGGGCGAAUCAUCCCACUCAGACUAGGCUACGUACCCGUGGUCAACCGAGGCCAGCGGGACAUCGAGAACAAGAAGAGGAUAGACCUGGCUUUGAAAGCAGAGAAGGAAUUCUUCGACAAUCAUCCUUCUUAUCGUAACAAGGCCUCCUAUUGCGGCACUCCAUAUCUGGCUCGAAAGCUGAAUCUUAUCUUGAUGAUGCACAUCAAACAGACACUACCUGACAUCAAAAACCGCAUUACCGGUUCACUUCAGAAAUACUCCCAGGAACUUGAGCAACUGGGGGCUGGAGAUCUCCUCGGGAACAACAGCUCAAACAUUGUCCUCAAUAUCAUUACCGAGUUUGCCAACGAAUACAGAACCGUUCUCGAGGGACAUAGCCAGGAAUUAUCCAGCAACGAACUUUCUGGUGGCGCCAGAAUUUCGUUCGUCUAUCAUGAACUAUACUCGAAUGGCAUCAAAGCCAUCGACCCUUUUGAACAGGUCAAGGACAUUGAUAUUCGGACAAUGUUGGUCAAUUCUUCAGGUUCAUCGCCUGCACUGUUCGUGGGUACUACUGCAUUCGAAAUUAUUGUUAAGCAACAAAUCAAACGACUUGAAGAACCAUCAUUGAAAUGUGUGUCGCUGGUCUUCGACGAACUCGUACGCAUUUUGCAACAGUUGCUUACGAAACAACUCUUCCGACGAUAUCCUCAGCUGAAAGAAAGAUUCCAUGGAGUUGUGAUUGCAUUCUUCAGGAAAGCCAUGGAACCAGCGAAUAAACUGGUCAAGGAUCUAGUUGCAAUGGAAGCCUGCUACAUCAAUACCGGACAUCCUGAUUUCUUGAACGGUCACCGUGCUAUGGCCAUUGUCAAUGAAAGGCAUAAUGCCACCAAGCCCACUCAGGUGGAUCCAAAGACUGGCAAACCACUUCCCCCCUCGGUUCCGCCGCGGGCCAACUCACCAGGUCUUCCCACUGACGGUACAGACACCAAUUCGGGCUUCUUUGGGUCAUUCUUUGCAAGUAAGAACAAGAAGAAGAUGGCCGCAAUGGAGCCUCCUCCCCCCACUCUAAAGGCCAGUGGAACACUUUCAGAGCGUGAAAACCAAGAAGUUGAAGUCAUCAAGCUCUUGAUCAACAGCUACUUCAACAUUGUCCGAAGGACCAUGAUCGACAUGGUCCCUAAAGCUAUCAUGCUGACUCUUGUACAGUUCACAAAAGACGAGAUGCAGCGAGAACUCCUUGAACAAAUGUACAGAGCACAAGAACUUGACGAACUUUUGAAGGAAAGCGACUACACUGUCAGACGACGGAAAGAGUGCCAGCAAAUGGUGGAGAGUUUGAGCAAGGCCAGUGAGAUUGUUAGCCAGGUGCAAUAGAUUGGCAUGUGAAUGAAUACUACAGCGGAUUAUGAAAAUUCGAACACACCAAACCCUCUUUUCCCACCACAAUCGACAUCCCAGGUCUGUUGCUGUUGAAACGAUGAGCGAUGUCUGCGCGACUGCAUGUCCGAGAUAUGCAUGCUUGAUCCGGGACUCACGAAUUCGGAUGAAUGACGUUAGCCGGGCACGUUGGAAGGAAGGUAAACCCGGAGUGGACGACAAUGGUGUUUGGUUUUGUUGAUUUGUCCUCCACUGUUUUCCUCUUUGGCACGCAAGAAAUCGUACCUUUUUCCCUUUUCUCCUCCGGGGGUUGAGAUGAAUAUUUUUUGAUAGAGUAGAAACAUGCGAUGGACCAUUGCGAAUCUUGUAGCGGUGGUGUUGGGACGAAUGGGGGGAGGGAGUGGCUCCUUUCAGCGCAUCUGAGCGUUGAUAACUUGCCUAGGGUACCUUGGGGCUAGUUACUUGUCUUCGCCUUGUCUCUUUCUAUAAACCCAAUAUUAGGGGUCGACAGAGAGAAGUUUGAAGAAAGAAACAGUCAUUGUAACAGACAACAAUCUUGACCCAAUUGAAGUCAUUACGGAUUACGUUGUUGAAUGGGUGAAUAAGUUUCCUGGACUCGUAGAAUGUUAAUCCUACCUGUAGGC